AUUCGACUCCCCGUUUACCUUCAUUGAUCGACCGUAUCAAAACGAAGAGGUCAUUUUACAGUGAGACGACAGCCCACCAACCUUAACGACUAUUGUGAUAUGUGUGAAGAGCCCAAACGUCUUAUAUGUGUCCACAAUGAACAAAACAUUAUUUAGGUUGUACACAACGAAUUCUCAAAGUACACACAUCGACUGGCGUUACAGUGUAAAUCAUGACAGUAUUUGAACAGUAUUAGCAAUGGACGUUACGAGCACAUUCCACUAACGAUGAUUGUCAGGAAAAUUAUAUGAUAAUGACUCAACGGAACCAGCAUACAAAGAAGUUAGUAGCCAGUGUUAAGGCUAGAAAAUGGGAGAAGCUGGUUGGUUGGUCAAUUGAACCAGAUUACGACAGCAGUUACAUUGACAUCGAAGCUUGGAGUAAGAGGAGAUAUAAUGAAGGUACAGUUCACGUUGAAUAUCUUUGUUCGAAUAAUCACUUUUGCAGUGGAAUAUCAGACUGGAAUAGUUUCAUUGAAGCUAGCUUGGAGAAACAAGGAAAAGAUGCUGCCAGCAUCGAAUAUGAAGAGAUAAAAAAAGAGGAUGGAUCAAAUACAGAGGAAGUCUAUGAAAAAGCGAAAAAAGAGUUGCAUAAAUCAGUUACACAAACAGCAGGUAUAGAAAUAAAUAGUCCUACAGAGGGGUAUAUUACGGAGCCUAUUACUUUAAACAAAGAGAUUAGGGAACAAAGUAGCAGUGUUGAAAAUGGAGAAUGUACAAGACUCAACGACGAUGAAAGCAAACGUAGGUGUGUCCGAGUUAGACCAAUUUCUUCAAAUAGUUUACCCGAAAAGAAGUUAACCUGUAGAUCCAUGCCACCUCGGCGGAAUGCUUUAUCCGCAAAUGACGCAUACACAGAUGAUAUUUCUUCACCAUCAAUAAAGUUUUCAUACACGAAAAAAGACACAUCAAAACCAAUGGUCGCUGGCUCUUUAAACUUUUCGUCUAGGCCUACUGAUAAUGAUGUCUCAGAAUCUUCGUCAGGUCAGAAUGAGCGCCUUGCAGGUUACGACUUUCAUCGUCUGCAACUCCAUCAAGGAUAUGUUUUACCGAAGUCAGCGAAUGUCAGCAUUGGCGAUUUGUUGCAGAGCCAUCCGCGCAUUGAGAGGCAUUUCAGGAGUUCUCGCGACCGGGAUAUUGUAUUUGCUGCCUUAGCUAAAGACAAAGACAAUAAUUUUUCGGAAAUGAUCAGACAUCAUUUAUUGAAUGAUAAUACAGAUACUAAUCAUACUUCUGUAGGUCUACCGCCUGUGAACCAAAAAACGAUUAAUAAAGACCGGUCGAAAGGUGUACCGGUACCUGUACUUAAAACCAUGUCUAGUACGCCGAGGAUACCACUUUUGUCAUCUAAAUCAACUGAUGAGAUUUUAUUGCAGCAGUUUGAUACCGAUGGGACUGACCUGAGAGAUGAGCCCUCACAAGACGUCACAUCUCCAAUCUACAGUUACGUCACACACGCAGGAUGUAGUGAUGUCGAUGUUAAUUACACGCCAAAGUCACAAGUGAGCCUAAUGCGAAAUAUAAUGAGGCCUCAGACUACACCCAACAACUGGGGGGAGUGUUAUACAACUGUUAUUAUGGGAAUCCAUGUGAAGCCUCGUGGUCCACCAGCAUUUAGACCACCAACUAGUAAGACACCGCUGCAUCGAGCCAUCCAAACAGCUCACAAGAAAAUCCAUGGUCCUCAUCACCAUCUUCUGUCUCAAAGUGGUUCGAGAUUAACGGAUAAAGUGGAAGCUUCGACCGAGAAGAGACGAUGGUCCAGUUCUUUGCCAAGUAAGCAUGUUCGACACACUGACGCAGUAUCAUCCGACGUAAAUAACAUGAACACAUGGAGACAGGAGCUGGAAAAACGUAUAAGAUAUCAACGAUCAACGUCCAAUUCAAAGGCUACUGCUCGUGUAAACGCCCCGCUUACUAAUCCACUAAUAACGACAAAUAAUACAACCAUUACAUUAAGCAAGUUAUCAAGACGUAAGAAAACUCAACUACGAAUAGGUGACAAGCUAUACAAUGUCGGCACAAUUCAAACAGCUGGAAGAACGUACGCAAGAAUUAAUGUAAAAAUGUGACAUUUGGUUUGAUGUAGUCCUUUGAACGAAGAGAUCUUGAAAAAAUCAUUCAACAUCACACUAUGAUUGACAUUGUGAUUACUAUGGUAACAAAGUCUCGUGUCAUCAUGUUUAUAUUUUAGUCAUUAGUACGCUUAACAAGACUUUUGCGAAGAUAAAUAUUGAAAAAUUAUUUUCCUUUUAAGAAUGCUUUCAACAUCAAUGAUGAUGGGACUAUAUUAAUAUUGACUAAACGUCCAUCUCUUGUUAUAGCGACAUUUUAUACGCGUCAGCCAAUCACAAUGUGUAACCUAUCUAUUUAAACUGGUGGAAUUCUCGUGAUUUGCUCGCUUUAAUAACGGUCCACGUCUAAAUAUUAGGUGAUAAUAAUCGGAUGGUAUGUGGAUUAUUUUUCUAGCUUAAUUAUUAUUGAGAACGAUAAUAAAGCUAUGCUUAUAUAAAUAAAUGUAUAUAUAUAUAUAUAUUAUUGAUUGCCUCUUGAGGUUUGUGUAACAUUGAUUUCUCAACCGAAUUGUUUCAUUUUUUUAUUAUGUAUUUUAUUUAUUUUAGCAUACAAAAUAGUAUACAUGUAUAUGAAUAAUAUUUUAAUUCAAUUCAAUUCAAUUAAAUUUUUUCCAGAAGACAUAAAAUACAAUAAACAUAUAACAUUUACAAAACUAAAGUCUGGCUGAUCAUCUGGUGUAGGACAAAAUAGAAUUUACAUUCACUUAACAAUAUAUAACAUUAAAUAAGGCGGGGAAAAUCUUAAGGCAAGCAUAAAGACAAAUAUCACUGACUUCAGUUGGUAGUGAUUCUUUGAAGAUAAAUAAAAGCAGAAUGGAAAAAUGCA